AUGCAGACGAAUCCCGAACAGCAGCAGAUUGUUCGCCAAUUCCAGGCGAUGCGCAGCGAGUGCAACGAGCUCGUGCAGAAGAUUGGUGAAUUGGAAAUCGAACAAAACGAGCACCGGCUUGUGAUUGAUGCCGUGAGUGGCCUUGAUGCCGGGCGACGAUGCUAUCGACUGGUGGGCGGCGUGCUCGUCGAGCGUACCGUGGGCGAAGUGCUCCCGGCCGUUCGCAAGAACCUCGAAGGCAUCGAGCAGAUCCUGAAGACCCUCAACGCGUCGCUGCUGCAGAAGGACAAGGCGCUCAACGAGUUCAAGGUGCAGCACAAGAUCCGAGUCAUGGGCGAGGACGAAGACGAGGCGCCCGCGCCCCAGGCCAAGUCCUCCUCUUCCUCCAGCUCCGGCGUGUUGGUGUGA